AUGCCUGCAGAAAGAGAGGAUGAGAUUUGUCGAAAGGCGCUGGAACUGCUGUCCGACCUGUGCUCCAAGGGAGAGGUGCAGGACGAUCACUGCCUGGACUUCAUUUACUACUUCAGGGACCUGGCCAGACCGAGAUACACGGACUCAGAUGUAUCGGUGAGCCUGUUGUCCCUGCUGGUGACCACCUGUGGUCUGGCUCUCUUCAGCGUCUCCCUCUUUGUCUCAUGGAAGAUAUGCUGGGUACCACUGAGCGGCCGCUUCCUCCCAGAUGUCCUCAAGGGGGCCCACUUCCUUGGGGGAGACCAACAGCCUGUCCUCACAGAGGUGGACGGGGACGAAAGGGAGUACAGCGAAGAUGGCUGUAUGAAGGAGUCUUUGGGGCCCCCCUCCAGUGUGGUUGUCCCGGAGUCUGGCCUGAAAAUAAGCCACACGUCGCCUGACAUACCAUUGGAGACUCAGGCCAAGCUGGAGAAAAACCAGGUCCACACUCUGGCCAGGGACCGGGUGCAGAGACAGAUUACUGAGCCUACUUCAUCUGUACGGCACAACUCCAUCCGUCGUCAGAUGAAUUUGUCCAAUCCGGACUUUAACCCUGCUCAGUUCCAGCGCCAAGAGUCACUGUCUGGUUUGGGCCGAAUCAAACCAGAACUCUACAAGCAGCGGUCGGUGGACGCAGAAGAUGGUCGUCCCACUGACAGCUGCGGGCGUCUUCUGUUCGUCCUGAAGUUUGACUUUGACCUGGAGCAGCUGAUUGUGAAGAUCCACAAGGCCCAUGAUCUUCCUGCUAAAGACUUCUCAGGGACAUCUGACCCUUAUGUCAAGAUCUACCUGCUGCCUGACCGCAAAACCAAGCACCAGACUAAGGUGCACCGCAAGACACUCAACCCAGUGUUCGAUGAGGUGUUUCUCUUUCCGGUGGCGUACGCCGAGCUGUCGAGUCGUAAGUUGCACUUCAGCGUCUACGACUUUGACAGGUUCUCUCGCCAUGACUUGAUUGGCCAAGUGGUGGUGGACAACUUCCUGGAUCUUGCUGACUUUCCAAGGGAGACAAAACUGUGCCGGGACAUACAAUAUGUAACCUCGGACAAUGUGGACCUAGGAGAACUGAUGUUCUCAUUGUGCUAUCUCCCCACGGCGGGCAGGCUCACUAUCACCAUGAUCAAAGCCAGAAAUCUCAAAGCCAUGGACAUCACUGGAGCUUCAGAUCCAUAUGUGAAAGUCUCCUUGAUGUGUGAAGGCCGGAGGCUAAAGAAGAGGAAGACGUCAACCAAGCGCAACACUCUGAACCCGGUGUAUAAUGAAGCCAUUGUGUUUGAUGUUCCUCCUGAGAACAUCGACCAGAUCAGCCUGCUCAUAGCUGUCAUGGACUAUGAUCGGGUUGGACACAAUGAAGUGAUCGGAGUAUGCAGGGUGGGCAAUGAGGCAGAGAGCCUGGGGCGAGACCACUGGAGUGAGAUGCUGUCAUACCCACGGAAACCCAUUGCACACUGGCACCCACUCAUAGAGUGGGUCGGAACGGUAGUGACGGGGAGUGGAAGCCAAAGAGGAUCCACCAAUUCCCUGAAGACACCACCAUCACCAUGACCACACGCACACACACACACACACACACACACACACACACACACACACACACACACACACACACACACACACACACACCACACACACACACACACACACACACACACACACACACACACACACACACACACACACACACACACACACACACACCACACACACAGGGCCUCAAGUUGGUAGAACUAUAGGGAUGGACUUGAAGAUAGUCCAAUUGAAAUGUGGAAACAUACAGUACAACGUUUGACUAACUAACAUCUACAGUAGGAACGUCAUUUCUACUCACACUGCUGUGUCAAUAGAUUAAACAAGGCUAAAGUGUGCUAGGACUGCUGCGAAAGCUAACCAACGCUACUUAGUUCCUUUUGUAUUUUCACAACCAAAAAUCACUUAACUACAUUCCAACUGUACUACUACUGUACUUUCAUUUGUUACUUUAAGUUGUGACUCACAAUUUAAACAUGUUGAGAUUAUCUAACAGGUCCAGCGUUAUUAUUAUUUUGAAUAAACUGCAGUAAAUGGACCAAAAUCUUUAAUUUAUAUGCCAAUGUGUGAGAUUUAACUUGUGCUUUGUGUGAUCAUAGAUGCAGUAAGAGUUAGACAUAAUUAGAAAUGACUAAGAGUGCACUUUCUGUUAAGAUCGACACAUGUUCAGCUCUUGUGAACAAUAGUUUGGCCAACAUUCAAACUUAUCAUGCAUUGCCUAAACUCAAGAAAUGAACAAUGAAGAUUCUUAGUAUAAGACUUAGUUUUACCUCUAUGGGCGACUUUCUCACAGAACACUUCCUUCAAAGAUAAAUUGAAGAGGAUUUUCACCAAGAACGGGAAAUGUAGCUUACAGAGGGAACAUAACAUGUGUUAUUAACUGCAUGUUAAAUUGUCAUUAUUUGUUAACAGGGUGUGGUCAAAAUAAAGGACAAGGUUUUGGUGGUGGCAGUAAUAGGGGCAUGUUCUGGAAGUGCUCAUGAUUCUCGCUGUAUGAUAAUGCAAGAGGAUAUUACUGUGGAAAAAACCAACAAAACAAAGACAAUGUAAAUGCUUGUAGGCACAAGCAGAAAAACAUCACACUAUCAAACGCCACCAAGCCCUCAUGUCCAUCGUACAAUAAAUGAUUUCCCUAAAGACAGACGCUGGCAGCCUGAGCAUACAUCGGUUCAUAAAUAAUGAACAACCAUUUUCUCUGUAAAGCCUCCUGGAUGAUCCAACUCAGACAAUUAAACAACCCUAAACCUAACCCUAACCCAACAACUUUUCUUAAAUAACCAAACUCAGAAUAAAACAUCAACAUCAAGCCUCAACUAAUUGUAAUUAACAACAUUACUUUUCUAGGGUUACAAUGUAGAUGUAUACAUUUGUUACUUCCAAACCUGUAUAAUUGUAUAUUUGGACUUAUUAUAUAUUAUAAUAAUAUCAUAUAUAUUAUUUUCAAUGGUAGGGGGAAGAUUUUAUUUGAGCUCUGUUUUGGGUUUCCACCAACUUUUAAGCAGAAUGUCUGUCUCAAAAUGGCUCACUAUGCUCAUUAGAUAGUCACUAGCUUUGUCAGCUGUGUGUUGUUCACUGGGUAGUAUAUAGUGGGUAGAUAGGGGAUUAAGAGAAAAGUUAAACCCUAAACCUAAACUGUCCAUUAUAAACAGUUUACAGACUAGCUUCCCCGUUAAAAUGUUACCUUAGAUUUCGAGGUUUAAAGUGUUAGCUUCUCUGAUAGUCUGUUUGUUACUUCAGCCCACAUGACUACUUUAGAUAUUGGGAAUUACUCUGGUGACUUAACUGAUAGAUAUGAUGGACAAAUCUAAGGAACUAACACCAAGUUAAAGAAAAAAGUGAAAAUUCCCUGAUUGAUUGCAAAUGGUGCCCGUCGACUCUCUUCAGUUACUUGUUUGUUUUAUGGCUAACAUUAUAAAACACGUGAGGAAAAUACCUAUUUUGACGAAAGCUUUGUACAAGUUUAAACCCCACUCAAAAAUAAUCCGAUGACUAUUUAGAAUCCUGUCAAGUAUUUAAUUUUCAUUUAAAUAAUUGAUUGUGUUGUUUUCCAUUCUGAAAAAAAUACUUCCAACAGCCCUAACUGAAUGGUAUUGGACCUAAUUCAUUUAGACCACACCCUGUAGUUGUUUUAAUAAGCCAGUGUUUGUUUUUUGAAAGUUCAGAUUAAUGCCAGUAUUGUUUAUGUACAUAUUGUACACCGUCACAAAUAACAAUGACAAUUUAUUCUGUGUUCGUAGGUAUAGUGCAUGGAUAAUUUUUCUGUAAAUCAUUUUUAAAAUAUAUCUUCUGUUGUGAGAUACUCAUCAAAUUGUUAACACAAGAUAUAUUACGAACUUAAGGACGAAUGUGUACAUUGUCUAUUCAGAUGUUAUUAAUAAAUAUUUCUAUAUAUAG